AUGGCAGCACAGGAAAUGAGUCAGGUCGCAAGGCCAAUCCAGUACACCGGCAUGUCGACUCCGCAGCGCCGUUUCUUGGUACUCAUUCUCAAUGUUGUUACGACAGCUCCGCUACUUUGGGCGCAUUUCAUCAGUUGCACUCAACCAAGAGCCGACUUCCUCGACAUUCUCAUCCUUAUUUGUGCUACAAUUUUUGUUUCAUGGCCCGUCAUCACGUUCUGGAAUACGUUAAUCGGGCUCUGCAUAGUUGCUUUUGGCAAUGCCACCAAGUCCAUCUACCCCUACUUCGAAGCCGACGGUCCCUUUCCAGAACUUGCCUCCAAGACAGCUCUGACGAUCUUUAUGUGA